CCACACUCAUCCACAUCUCACAGCUCACAUCUUUCCUCUCUCGACUCAAGCUCUCUCCUCCUCAAUCCAGACGAAAAGAAUGGCUCCGGCAACUCGCGCUUCCCUGGACCAGAAGCUGGCCAUGGCCAAGCGCUGCUCCCACGAGGGAGUCGUCGCAGGAGCGAAGGCCGCCGUCGUUGCAGGUUUUGCAGCUGCUGUUCCCACUUUGGCCAGCGUUCGGAUGCUGCCAUGGGCGAGGUACAACCUCAACCCCACAGCUCAAGCUCUCAUCGUCUCCACAGCUGCCGGAAUGGCAUACUUCAUUGUUGCAGACAAGACUGUGCUGGCAGCCGCCAGGAAGAACUCCUUCAAGGAUGCUUACCCAGGCAACAUCAGUGCCUAAGAAGCGGUUUAGAUUGAUGCUCAAGUGUGCAGGAGGAUCCACAAAUACAUGUAAAUCCAUGCUUGGUGUGACAAUAAAUCUAAAUGUGACCUCGAUUGUUGUUGUGGCUGCA